GUGUCGUUUUGACAUAUAAUAGAGCCAAGUAAAAGGCCAACUACGAGGUCCACACUCACUCGUUCACUCCACACACUCACUCUUUCACGCACUCCCAAACUGAUAUCUUCAUCCAUUCAUCGACCAAAGAUGAGCUCCCAGAUUUCCAGAUCUGCCGCUAGAGCCUUUAGAUCCUUCCAGGCUGCUUCUAAGAACGCUCGUUUUCACCCUGAGGGACGAACUGUAGCUGCAGCAGCAACAUUAGCCGCAAGAGGAAAUGGGUCUUUCUUAGCUUCAAACUUUGGAAAAGCUGGUUCUGAAAAUGCAUACACCAGAUGGAUUUCUGGAGCUCUUGCCAUCCAUGCCGCAGCCUACAUGGUACUGGACCAGGAGGUUCACGCUGCAGAGUUCGAACGCACUUUUAUUGCUAUCAAGCCUGAUGGGGUGCAAAGAGGACUGAUUUCAGAAAUCAUAGCCAGGUUCGAGCGUAAAGGGUUUAAACUUGUUGCCAUUAAAGUUGUGAUUCCUUCAAAGGAAUUUGCUCAGAAGCAUUACCAUGAUCUGAGUGCAAGACCCUUCUUCAAUGGCCUGUGUGACUUCCUUAGCUCUGGCCCUGUCAUUGCUAUGGUUUGGGAAGGAGAAGGAGUAAUAAAGUACGGAAGAAAACUCAUUGGAGCCACAGAUCCUCAAAAAUCAGAGCCUGGAACCAUCAGAGGUGAUCUAGCUGUGGUUGUUGGAAGAAAUAUCAUUCAUGGGAGUGAUGGUCCAGAGACUGCAAAAGAUGAAAUCAAUCUGUGGUUCAAGCCAGAAGAGUUGGUAAGUUACACAAGCAAUUCAGAGAAGUGGGUCUAUGGAGACAACUAAUGAAAUUUUCUUCCAAUAAAUAAUACACAUUUCCGGCUAUGCUAAGCUAAGUCCACAUGAAGAGUAGCACAAUAAGAUUUCACAUUUUUACUAUAAUAAUAAUGUUGUUUUUUUAUUGAGGUGAGUUGAGCCAAUAAUAUUAUUGGCCAAGUAGAAUCUCAUUCAAUAAUUUAACAUUGCCACUUUAUUCAUUACUACUUUUCACAUAAUACCAUUUCACAUUUAUAUAUA